AUGGAGAGCAAUUUCACUACGGAUCGGACAAACGAAGUCAGGAAUCGCGAGCUGAUUCAGCAGUAUCUCAAUAUCCUCGAUGAUUCGGGAGUGCAAGUUGAACUGCUCAGUUCUAGAAGAAGCAGUACGUUGAACCUCACUUUCUUUCUUCAGACUGAUAGCUUUAUAGAUUGGGUCCCAUCUGUUAUAUUCCAGACUGAAGGCAAAGUUUACGUGCAAAAAGUCGAGGAUAUGAUUAGCAGCAAUUGCCCACGGUUAAUAGUGAACUUGAAUGACAUUCGAAGAAAGUCUGCUGAGCGAGCGUUUGGAUUGAUACAUAAUUUCGUAGAAGAGAUUAUAUGUUUGGAGCAGGCUGCAAAGGAAAUCGUUGAACGGGCCAGCUCUGAAUUUGUCAAACAUCACGAAGUCGAAGUUGGUUUCGAAGGCAGCUUUGGAGAUCGACACGUUAAUCCCAGAUCAUUGAAAUCAUCGUUUUUGGGCAAUCUCGUCUGCUGUGAAGGAAUCGUGACGAAAUGUUCCACUGUUCGUCCAAAAGUAGUGAAAAGCGUCCAUUACUGUGCAGCUACAAAGAAGAUAUUGGAAAAGCGUUACACAGAUCUGACCUCUUAUGACUCCUUCCCAAGCAGUAAUGUUUAUCCAACUGAGGACGAAAACAAAAAUCCCUUGGAGACUGAAUUUGGGUUAAGCACUUACAAAGAUCAUCAAUCGUUUUCUGUCCAGGAGUUACCUGAAUGCGCACCACCCGGUCAGCUUCCUCGUUCCGUGGACGUAAUUGCGGACAACGACCUUGCAGAUUUGGUUAACCCUGGCGAUCGUGUUCGUAUAAUAGGUCUAUAUCGCGUACUUCCUAACAAACAGAAUGGAUUCUCCAAUGGCUCUUUCAGGUCUAUUAUCAUUUCUAAUAAUAUUCAAUUGCUUUCAAAAGAAACAACUCUGGACUUCGACCCUGAGGAUGUCAGAAAUAUUCGCAAGUUCAGCAAGAAGAAGGACGUGUUCGAACAAAUUGCACGCUCUCUGGCCCCAUCGAUUUGUGGUCACGACGAAGUGAAAAAAGCAAUUUUGUGUCUAUUGCUCGGAGGUAACGAAAAAAUUCUCGAGAACGGUAGUCGGCUUCGUGGAGACAUCAAUGUGCUCCUGAUUGGCGACCCUUCUGUCGCGAAGUCUCAACUACUAAGAUACGUCCUUCAAACAGCCCCGCGUGCCAUCGCUACGACGGGGCGAGGAUCUUCUGGAGUUGGACUUACAGCGGCUGUAACAACAGAUACAGAUACUGGAGAGCGCAGGUUAGAAGCAGGAGCGAUGGUAUUGGCAGAUAGAGGAGUCGUGUGUAUUGAUGAAUUUGACAAGAUGUCGGACGUGGAUCGAACUGCGAUUCACGAGGUUAUGGAACAAGGGCGUGUGACUAUUGCAAAAGCAGGAAUCCAUGCAAAACUGAAUGCACGAUGUUCUGUUCUCGCAGCUGCGAAUCCUGUUUAUGGACGGUAUGAUCCUUUCAAAACUCCCAUGGACAACAUCAACAUGCAGGACUCGCUGCUUUCUCGCUUCGACUUGAUCUUUGUAUUGCUUGAUGAGCAUGAUCCUGAUCGUGACAAGACUGUAGCUACCCACGUGUUGAAACUUCAUUGCUAUCGAGCUCCUGGGGAGAAAGACGGCACGGUGCUUCCCAUGGGAGCAGGUGUUGAAACGAUGAGUACAUUCGACCUGCAUGGAACCGAAAGGAAUAGUGAAAUGUAUGAAAAGAACUCGGACUGGGCGGAUGAUUCCACAAAAGUGCUGUCCGUGGAGUUCGUGAGAAAGUAUAUUCAUCUUGCUCGCUCUGUGAAACCAAAACUCACUGAGGGAGCCACAGAAUUCAUCUCGGAGGUGUAUGCGGAGAUAAGAUCGAUUGACACAUCGAAGACGGAUAGAGAAAGAACUAUGCCGAUAACUGCUCGGCAGUUAGAGACCCUCAUCCGUUUGUCGACUUCAAUUGCCAAGGCUCGUUUUUCCAAAACAGUUGAUAGGGUGGACGCGGAAAAGGCUUACAAUUUGUUACACUUUGCCUGUUUCAAAGAGAAGCCCAAGGCUAGGCUCGAUUACGAGAACGCGAAGAAGAGAUUAGUCACCGGUGUACCAAGUGAUGAAGAGCCUGAAGAAGAUGAAGAGGUAGGUUUUCCAAGAAUGUAUAAGCAAUUCCGAGCUUGUGUGCGGAAGGUUUUCGAUGAAUUGGGCGCCACUGAUGACAUGGUGGACCUGAAGAAAGUAACCGAAAGUGUGCAGUCCCAAGCUGGUAGUCAUCCAUUUUCUGAGGGUGAACUCGAAGCUGGAUAUGAAAGGAUGGCAAACGAUAACGCGAUUAUGAUUGCUGAUAAUAAAAUAACAUUGAUUUGA